UCGUAUGAAAGGAGUGCUCGCUUGUCCAUUGCGGUCUGUGUUGUACCAGCUGUCACAGUGUCGGCUUGGCAUGUAUUGCCAGGCGAUGGUCCAUUCACCAGAUACAUUGUGGUUGAUGUCACAAAUAGCACCGACAAUGAUGCUGAGCUCGUGUACAGUUCAAACCGACGAAUGAACGUGCUACCGAAAGAGACCUGCCGGGUUCCGCUGCUAUCUCCAUGUUGUUCUGAUGUUGCUGGAAGAGCAUUUCAUGCUGCAACGCAGAAGGAUAGUCAUAUGAUGCAGAAACUUGAGGUCUGA